AGGCUUGGAUUCACGUCCAAAACCCUAGUCAAAUUCGGAUUGGUUUUGUCCGAACUUUCCAAAACUGUUCGGUUUAAACUAGAUGGACCUUGCGGGUAACUUUUGAGGUGGUAAACGACCUCGGAUGGAAACGAGCCCAAAAGCAAUCUUGACCGUUUCGACGAGGCGAACAACUUUCAUGUUGAACGCUUUUUGAUCAGAGGUCAUGUUAAGGGCCAAAUCGCUCGCGCAAAACAGGCUAUUAUUCGCGCUACCCAUCAGACAGGGUGUGGUGGGGCGCGCCACUUUUGGCUCGUGACAGAGCUGCAUUCGGAUGGCUCUAACUUUUGCAUACUUACUCGGAUUAGAACGAUUUUUAUAUCAAAAUCGAUCGAUUCGACGAGACGAAGAUAAUCCUUGUAGAUUAUUUUUCCAUACAAGGCAGUCUUGGCGGCGUAAUCAGCCGAAUAGUAUUCUGAAUACAAAAUCUCAGUAUUUCAAACACAACUUCAGCCUUCGAGAUGAGAUCGAAUGGCGAUGGCCCAAACUUCAAAGAUGUUUAUAUCGACAAUAUGAAACUUUUUUAUGUAGAUCAUUUCUUCAUUUGAGGCCAUAUUAAUUAAGUUCUUGAGUGUGCCAAAAUCUGAUGUCAACAUCUGUGUUCCAAAUAAGCUCUAUCAAAAUGGUUCUCUCACGUGGGGGGACGAAUCUCAAGUCAGACGUUCCGGCGAUGCGCUAGGACCAGCACUACUUCCCAAUACCCUAUUUUUAUAAUAAACAACAGUGACAGCGCAACACUAGGAGCAGGGGAGCACGAGCUAGCUAUCGGGCUGGUCAAAGGUCAAGGAGAAACCUCUCGAUCGGUGGUGUGGAUCUCUAGACUAGCGCACAUGGAGUUCACCGCAAUCACGGCCUCCACGGCGGCUGGUGGCCGCCCUUGGCCGCCGCCGCCGCCGCCGCUGCCAGCUGAUCAUCAGGCUGAGGAAGCCGCGGCGGCGGAGGUGGAGAAGGAGUGCAUGUUCGACAAGGUGGUCACGCCGAGCGACACGGGCAAGCUGAACCGGCUGGUGAUACCGAAGCAGCACGCGGAGAAGUACUUCCCGCUGGACGCCUCCUCCAACGACAACGGCCUCCUGCUAGACUUCGAGGACAGCGCAGGGAAGCCAUGGCGCUUCCGCUACUCCUACUGGAACAGCAGCCAGAGCUACGUGAUGACCAAGGGGUGGAGCCGCUUCGUCAAGGAGACGCGCCUCGAGGCCGGCGACAUCGUCUCGUUCAAACGCGGAGUCGGGGAGGCCGCCAGGGGGAGGUUCUUCAUCGACUGGCGGCGCCGCCGCGGCCCCGACGUGGUCCUGCCGCCCCCGCACCACCGAGGCUUCAACCUCCUCUCCGUCGGGAGCGAUGGGUUCGCAUGUCCCGACGUAAACCUAGAAGGUGAUAGUGUAGAGGAGAUACUAGAUAAGGCAUAUAUUACGAAGAUAGGGCCAUGGGGUGGAAACAGAGGCAACUUUAAUGACAUCAAGGUGUCACCUCUGCGUCUGAAUAGUAUCACAAUCCGUAGUGGAGAGGUCAUAUAUUCACUUGCAUUUUCGUACAGCGAUAACUAUGGAAAGCAGCACCAUGCAGGUCCAUCGGGGGGUUGUAAAGACUUCUCUUAUGGCAGCUUCGAUACGAUUCAACUAGGACCCUCGGAGUUCCUGACUAAAGUUUCUGGAACAAUUGCCUUCUCUGCCCAAUAUUCUUCCAACGUUAUAACAUCUGUCAUGUUUAUCACCACUGCUCGUCGGUAUGGACCCUUUGGAGGAGGAGUAGGAAUUCCUUUUCAGAGUCCAGUGAUGAGCAAUGGCAGCAUCGUUGGCUUCUUCGCCCAUGCUGAGUGGGUGGUUGAGUCAAUUGGUCUUUAUGUGAACUCUGAGAGUAAACUCUGGGAACCAAUGAAAGGACAGGACUCGGUUACAAAAAUUGGGCCAUGGGGUGGUGAUUCAGGGAGGCCUAAUGACGUGAAUGUGUUACCUCGUCGUCUGUUAAGUGUGGUAGUUCGUAAUAGUACUGUAAUCAGUUCACUUACGUUUACAUACAUUGACUGGGAUGGACAACCGCAGACCGCUGGUCCAUGGGGUGGGCUGGGUGAGUCAUUCGACGGGAAAGUUGACACGAUUAUUCUUGGGCGGUCAGAGUUUUUGACUGAAGUUUCUGGAACACUUGGUUGGAACUCCGGAUAUUCAGAUGUUGUAACAUCACUUUACUUUGUCACCAACACGGGUGGCUAUGGACCAUACGGAAAAGGAGGGGGAACUCGUUUCCGAAGUUCACAUAGCAAUGGUAGUAUAGUUGGCUUCUUUGUCAAUGCUGCAGACGUGAUUGACGCAAUUGGUGUCUAUUUUAGCCCAGAGAGGGAGACAUGCAAAGAGAAGGAGGAAGGAGGCUUUGGGAUUUCACGUAGUAUGGCUUACAGAGAAAGGGUGGAGAUAGAAUCAGCAUCAAAUGACCUGGAGCAUAUAGUACUUGACCAAAGCGCGGAGCCGACUAAUCUGCCGUUAGCACUUUUAAAAGACAUCACUGAGGAUUUCAAUGAUAAGCGACAAAUUGGCCGUGGUGGAUUCGGAAUCGUUUACAAGGGCGAUCUUCAAAACAGGAGUGUUGCUGUUAAAAGGAUUUUAAGCUGCCAUACAUUCAACGAUGAAGCAUUUAAUCGUGAGAUUACUUUUCUAAUCAGUGUAAAACACAAAAAUAUAGUACGGCUUCUGGGCUACUGUGCUAAUACAGAGAAUAAAGCGAUGAAACAUUCAGAAUCAGGAGAACCUUGGAAGUAUGUUUUUGCCGAAAUGAGGGAAAGAUUACUCUGUUUCGAGUAUAUAAAAAAUGGAAGCCUUGACAGAUAUCUUACUGACGAACUAAGGGGACUUGAAUGGCAUACGCGCUACCAGAUAAUUCGAGGAAUAUGUGAUGGUUUGGUUUAUCUUCACACAGAAAAGGGUAUUGUUCAUAGGGACAUGAAACCUGAGAAUAUACUGCUUGAUGAUCUUAUGAUACCAAAAAUUACAGAUUUUGGUAUAUCAAAACUCCUUGAUGGAGCAACACACGCUGUCACUAGUGACCCCACAGGAUCACGUGGAUAUUGUGCUCCGGAAUUCAUAGCUCGUGGUGAGGUGUCAACCAGGUCAGACAUAUACAGUCUGGGCGUUAUAAUCACAGAGCUCGUGACUGGAUGUAAGGAUGAACCUCAUAUUCAAAAUGUACUUAGAAGGUGGAGGUAUAGAUGGAAUGAAUCGGCGAACUAUCCACCAUUUGGAUACCAACAGGUAAGUAAAUGCAUUGAAAUAGCGUUAAAGUGCUUGUCAGACUCCCCAAAGAAGAGGCCUAAAAUAUCGGAUAUAGUCAGUAUGCUUAAUACAAUGGAAAGUACGAAGGAGCACAUUACCAAUGUUGGUAACUCUCCAGCUGGCCAGAUAAGCGCUUACCCGUGGGAGCUACUUGAGUUUGACUUGCUCGAGCUGAAUUUCCCGUUCGAGAUAAACAAGAAGAUACCAUGCUCACUUCAGCUAACUAACGUAACUGAUGAUUACGUUGCCUUCGAUAUUGAAAUGAUGGGCAUACUACGGUAUUGCAUUGAACCGGAGAAACGUGUUGUGCCACCACGAUCAAAGUGCAAUGUCAUGGUAACACUGCAACCACAUGAGAGGGUACCGCAUGCUAUGGUGUGCAAGGACGAGUUGUUCAUUUUGCGGUGUGCCGCCGUGAGUGAGGGUCUCACGGCCGAGGAUAUCAGUGAAGACAUGUUAAAUAAGAAGUCGGGUAAAGAAGAAGCCGAUAAGGUGACGUUGAAGGUUGUUAUUUUGCCCAUCACCGUCGACUAA